AUGAAGCGAACCAGACAGGGCAACUCUCAGGGCGAUCUAGGGGGACAGUUUCGAAGAUGUGAGAUUGACAGGCGGAUUGGUGUUAACAUCAACACUGAUGUGGGUGUUGUAGUCCGUUAUAUGAAGAAACAGCUCUAUAUGAAGAAAGAGCUGAACCUGAAGGCGAAUGAACUCAAAAUGAAUAAACAACCUCAUGUGUCACGAAGACGAGCCACUGGCAACAAAACAGUGGUACAGGGUCAGAAUGACUGGGGAGUGACUUACACUUCUACUCACAUCUGUGCCAUAAAAGGAUCAACAGUGGACAUACACUGCACCUACAGAUACCCAUCCAGGAUAAAUAAUGUUGAUACUGCAGUUGAUGAAACAUUCUGGUUUACUGAACUGAAUAAUAAUGAAUGUGUGGAUCUGAGAACAGACUCAGAGUACGCAGGUCGUGUGCAGUAUCACUGUGAUAAGAACGACUGCAUUAUGAGAAUCACAGACCUGAGAGAGAGAGACUCAGCUGAGUACAAGUUCAGGUUCAUAACAAACCAACCAGGAGGGAAAUAUACUGGUUCACCUGGAGUCACUUUGACUGUCAAAGUGGUACAGGGUCAGAAUGACUGGGGAGUGACUUACACUUCUACUCACAUCUGUGCCAUAAAAGGAUCAACAGUGGACAUACACUGCACCUACAGUUACCCAUCCAGGAUAAAUGACCGUGAUACUGCAGUUGAUGAAACAUUCUGGUUAACUAAACUGAGUAAUAAUGCACCUGUGGAUCUGAGAACAGACUCAGAUUACGCAGGUCGUGUGCAGUAUCACUGUGAUAAGAACGAGUGCAUUAUGAGAAUCACAGACCUGAGAGAGAGAGACUCAGCUGAAUACAAGUUCAGGUUCAUAACAAACCAACCAGGAGGGAAAUAUACUAGUUCAACUGGAGUCACUUUGACUGUCACAGUUCCAGAUCUCCAAGUGCAGGUGAUCCCAUCAACAAUCAAUCCUUCCUCAGCAGAGCUGCACUGUCAAAGCAGCUGUCGUCUACCUGAUCGUUCGUCUUUCACCUGGUACAAGAAUGGACAGAAAAUUAGUGGCAAAACAUCUUAUUCAACCAACUUCAAUGAUGCAGACAGCUAUUCCUGUGCUGUUACAGGAUAUGAGGAUUUCCCCUCUCGUUCAGUUUAUAUCUCAAAGCUUCCGUCUGUGACAGUGAGUCCCUCUGGUGAAAUCAUUGAGGGCAGUUCAGUGAAUCUAACCUGUAGCAGUGAUGCUAACCCAGCAGCUGAAUACACCUGGUACAAGAAGAAUGUAAAUCCAGUCUUUCAACCUCUCAGUAAAGAACCACAGCUUGUCUUCAGCUCCAUCCAGUCCUCUGACUCUGGAGAGUAUUACUGUACAGCUGAGAACCAGCCGUGGAAGAGGACAUCUGAAUACAUCUUUAUUGAUGUGAAAUAUGCUCCAAAGCUUCCCUCUGUGUCAGGGAGUCCAUCUGCUGAGAUAGUGGAGGGAAGUUCAGUGACUCUGACUUGUAGCAGUGAUGCUAACCCAGCAGCUUAUUACACCUGGUACAAGAACAACCAAACACUGCUUCAAAGGUCAGAAGGACAUUUUAAUUUUACGUCCAUCAGUUCUGAGGACAGAGGAAUCUACUACUGCAAGUCUGAAAAUAAAUAUGGACAGAUUAACUCCUCAUUUCUAUUCAUUGAUGUCCAGUAUGCUCCAAAGCUUCCCUCUGUGUCAAUGAGUCCCUCUGGGGAAAUCAUGGAGGGAAGUUCAGUGAAUCUAACCUGUAGCAGUGAUGCUAACCCAGCAGCUAAAUACACCUGGUACAAGAAGAAUGUAAAUCCAGACCUUCAACCUCUCAGUAAAGAACCACAGCUUGUCUUCAGCUCCAUCCAGUCCUCUGACUCUGGAGAGUAUUACUGUACAGCUGAGAACCAGCUGGGGAAGAGGACAUCUGAAUACAUCUUUAUUGAUGUGAAAUAUGCUCCAAAGCUUCCCUCUGUGUCAGUGAGUCCCUCUGCUGAGAUAGUGGAGGGCAGUUCAGUGACUCUGACCUGUAGCAGUGAUGCUAACCCAGCAGCUAAUUACACCUGGUACAAGGAGAAUGAAGACUCACCAAAAGCAUCAGGACAGAUCUUCACCAUCACUGAUUUCAGACCUGAACACAGUGGGAAUUAUUCCUGUGAAGCCCAGAACAGAAGAGGACGUCAUAACUCCACCUUACAUCUGAUGGUUGUGACAGGAACAGGAAAAUCAAUCGCUGCUGGAGUAAUAACUGCUGUUCUCCUGCUUAUGAUAAUCCUCUCUGUCUUCCUAUGGAUGAGCAGGAAAAAGAGAGCCUCCAAUCAAUUGUCUGAGGCUGAGGAGAGACCAGACGACAGAGAGAGGACACAGCCAGAGCAAGAUAACCUUCAUUAUGCCAGUGUGCAGUUCUCCAACAACCAGGCAGAUCCUCUCUACUCCAACAUCAGAUCAGAUCAGCUACACAGACACAUGGAGGAACAAGAGGUUACCGAGUACGCUGCUGUUAACUUUAACAGAGCUGGUACUGCCCCGAGAACCAGAGGUCGGGAAACUGGGGAAGAUCCAGCUGCACUGUACAGCACAGUCAAUAAAAUGUUAUGA